AUGGCUCACCUUAUCCUCCAAGUCUCAGCCACCAUCCUCCUCUUAUUCAUCAGCCUUCCCAUGAUCGUUAAGGCCACAGACAACUCUCUUGUUCUAGAUUCUGAUGGCAACCCCAUAGAAGUGGGAUCAUCCUACUAUAUCCGAACUUUAGUCUCCCAAUUGGGUAUUGGAGGUGGAGUAGUGGUAGCAUCCAAACCAAACCAACCCGUAUGCCCUAAAUAUGUAGGACAUUUGAGCUUUGGAUUUUACAAGGAAUCCCCAGUAAUGUUCUUCCCUUCUGACCUUUCACAAAAACACAUCCAUAUUUCUUCAGAUUUGUACAUUGUGUCGAAUGCCACAUCUAGAGCUUGCCCAUUAGGAGCCUGGCAGGUCACACCAGAUGCUAAUACUGAUAAGGUCUUUAUUUCUACUGGUGGUGUUGUAGGAACACCUACAACUGAUAAUUUGUUUAAGAUUGAAAAUGAUCCAUUGCAAGGUACUUAUCAAUUGGAAUACUGUCCAAGUAGUACUACUAGUAAGAAGAAUAUAAUGUGUGGGGUGCUCAUGACUAUUGAUUUUACUGACGACUUUGAAUUGGGGUGGUUAGGUCUCGCACCUUCUCGUGAUUCUUAUUUUGCAGCUAUUUCUUUUAUCAAAGCUUAA